GCUUAUAAAGAAACCUAAAAGACAGACGUCAAGCGUCAAGCAAGCCAAAAGAGAGAGACGCAAAGAGUAAAAGUGAAGAGACGUCAUGGAAAAUAAAUCUUGAGAUUUGCGACCAAAAUACAAUACGGUUCUAAUUAUUUUAAGUGAUAUAGUUAGUGUUUUAUGACACAGCAUGUACUCUCGUUGUGGAAGUAGUGGUUCUAUCCAGAAUAUACACCAAACUCCAUCAUCUUCCAACCAAAAUACAGAAGAUGAAGAUGACAGUGGUGAUAAUAAAGCAUCCGCCCUUAGCUUUAAGGAAAGAAGAAGAGAAGCUCACACACAGGCUGAACAAAAACGAAGAGAUGCUAUAAAGAAAGGAUAUGAUUCCCUACAAGAACUAGUGCCCACUUGCCAGCAAACUGAUGCCACAGGUUAUAAACCCAGUAAAGCAGCAGUACUUCAAAAAUCAAUAGACUACAUUCAAUACUUGCUGCAACAACGCCGACGACAAGAAGAGGAGAGAAAUGCAUUACGCAAAGAUGUUGUGGCUCUUCGCAUAAUGCAGGCUAACUAUGAGCAGAUUGUGAAAGCACAACAUUCAGUCCCUGGUCACAAUGAGCAGAGGCUAACUGAUCAAGACAAAUUUCAAGUGUUUCAGGGUAUAAUGGAUAAGCUUUUUGAGUCAUUUGAAACGGUGCCUACAAACAACUUUGCAGACUUUUCAGCUGGUGUAUUCAAUUGGCUGGAAGAAUAUUGCAAGCCGAAUUCUCUGAGAACUAUGGUCCACGAUGUUUUAAGAGAGCAAAACUAUACACCUUGAUAUUUCUGAUGUGUACCGUGAACUGGGUAAUUUUUAUAUAGCUCUUUAUAUGUAUUACCUAUAUUUAUAUCAAACUAUGAAAGUUUUUUUUUUCACUUCGUCAUGGUUCUGUAUGUACGAUUUCGAUGUACAGAGGAGAAGCUACUAUAGCUUCAUUUUU